UUCCGUAAAAACCAUACGCGACGAGAUCAAUUUUUCCUUUCGUUUUUUUCAAUAACAACUGCUGCAAUCUUAGUCCAAGCACUGUGAAACUUAAAGAUUUUCAAGCCUGAAAGGAAAGUCAUAACUCCGACCAAUCAAAGCUAAAUAUGCUGUCAUUAAAGGACCGUGCAAACUGGACAGGAGCUCAGGCCAGGAGUCAGUUUCGACGGAAUUUUUUCCCGCGAGAACAGACCAAUGGCAUGUCAGCUGGUUUUACGCAAGCUAGUGUUCAUAUCAUUCCUUCGUCCGCAGCAGAUCAUUUCCAUGAAUUUUGCAAAAUGAACCAUGCCGCUCUCCCUUUGGUGUACCGGACAAAGCCAGGGGAAGUGUCAGCCCCACCCUUAGCUGCAGAUCUGGACAUUCGCACAGAUCAGUCAGCAUAUGGGAUAUACGAAAAUGGGGUCUGCACUAAAACCGUAACCGACCUACUAGAUAUACCCUUUGAUGACUUCGUUACAUUUUACAUCGGCUCCAGUAGCUCGUUCGAGCUUGCGCUACAGGACGCUGGUCUUCCGGUUCGGCAACUAGAAAGCGGAAGAAAAGCACCUACUUACCAAACAAGGGUCUUGACAGUAAAGUCAGGUCCUUUCUCAGGUACCGUUGGCAUGUCACUGCGUCCAAUGCCCCGGAACUUAGUAGAGAGGGCUGCCCAGGUGACUGCUGUCUUGGACAAAGUGCAUGGAGCCCCAAUACAUAUUGGUCAUCCUUCCUGGAUCGGAGUGGAGGAUCUGCAAAAUCCAGAAUUUGACGACAAACCGUACAUGAAAGAAGGAGAUGUCUGCAUGUUCUGGGCUUGUGGAGUCACGGCCGCGACAGCGAUAGCGAAUGCAAGAUUACCCUUGGCAAUAAGUGUCAGCCAAAGUGAAAUAGCCUGUAACUUCAUUACUGAUCUAAACAACGAAGAAUUUAACAAAGUGAACGUACCCAAGUGGCUCGAAUCCAUGCAAACUAAAGCCGUCUUCAUAUCUGAAAACCCAGUGUUUUGUUCGUUAAUUUCUGACAAAGCGUUAGAACUGAUUCGACAGCUGGAGAAACAGAGGAGACAGGAGAAAAUAACACCCACGGACGAAAUGCCUGAAGCUCUCGCUAAAGCAGCUCUCAGACUCAGCCACGCAUGUUCUGUUGCCAUAGUUACGCUAAACCUGACUACUACCAGAGGAAGUCUCAGUGUGCUGUCAACCAUUAAGUCUCUUUUGGCGAGCGAGUCUAAAGAAGUCACAUUGAUCGUCCCAGAGGAAAAGCAAGUGGAGUGGAGAAAUUUGAUCGACCGUUGUGUCGAGUUGAAGUUACUGAAAAAGUCAGUUGCCGUGAACAAAAUUGAAGCAAGAAAAGGAAGCUCGAAGGAUGAUAUCUCGCAAAUUUCGCGUCAAGUGCUAUCGGCCAUGGAAUGUUCCACACUGGACGAUGUUCUUCCUCGCAAGUUUACUGCACUGAUCAGUUUCAGCCAGGAAGGAGGUUCCGUAUGGGUGGAUAGCGGAGCUGAACGAAUAAUAAGUAACGAUGUCGGUAAAACCUUCUAUUGUUCUUGGCCUGGUGAAGUCAUAGCAGCAGCAUUAUACAUACUGAAUUGCUGUCCAGUGCACUCUCGUUAUCUGAGAAAAGGCUCUGGGUUACACCAGCCUUUACAGCAGAGCGAGUAUCUGAUGAGCCCUGAAGAGCUUGGAACACUGAUGUCGAACUCUAAUGUAAAGUUCAGCGCUGAAAAAGUGGAAGACCUCAUAAACAAAACCAGCAACUCAGUGGUAAACGCCAUGAUUUGUUUAAACGGCGAGGCGUAAAUUCAGGCAGUUGAUAUAUAGUACACAGGGAUUCUUGUACAUUGUUUGGUUUAGAUUUAAAUAGUUUAGUUACUGACUCAGUAAUUGGUUUAAUUACGUUGAGUCCAACCCGUAACACCCUGGGAAUGACUCAGUAUCACUGCUGAAUCAAUCACUAAUGAUUCCCACCCGAUGAAGCCUUUGGUCGAUGGUUAAAAAAAGUAGCCCUACCGUUCAAAUAUUUUAGGGAGUAGGCUUCUCCUACCAAAUUAGAGAAGAAGUAUGCUUCAGAAACCACAUGAUUUAUAUCUCCAUUGCUGAAAGUAUCCAUGAAAAUUAAGUGCUCAUCGCAAUUUAAGAUUUCCAAAGAUUGGCUCAUCAUUCAAAAAUUAUCCUCAACUAUGCCCAUCUCUGAACAGUUGACGCCGCCAUAUGGAAAACAACGUUAACUCUAUAACUUAAUUACGUCCGCACGAUGUCACAGAAUCAGUUCACAAACAGCUACUGCUUUUUUGAUUGUCAAGAAUGCCUUUUGAGAAGCUCCUGAUUUUUAAAAGAAAGCGUCAAGUGACUGACUAGCGCAGAACGAGACUAGCACAAGUCAGCGGCGAGGUUUCACAACAAGAUUUAAAAUGGCGGACAUCAGAGGGGAAUUUUUGACACAUUUUGCGGGUCAGUGUCGUAAUUUCAUUAACAGUUUUUAUUAAUGGAGAUAUGUGUUAUGCAGUUUUGGAAGCACACUUCUUUAAGUCGGGUGUAGUUUAGUUUCGGGUGUGAACUUACUACUAUUCAGUUUAGUUCAGUUUAGUUUUAGACUUCAGAUUAGUUUAGUUGCGUUUAAUACAGUUCAAUCUGGAUUGUUUAAUAAGAUAUCACAGUAAGCUGAGAAUUAGAAUGUUGCCAGCAAGAUGUAGUCAUGAUUUUUGUAUGUGCAUUUACGCUAAAGUUUGGAUAGAACGUGCGCUGCAAACACUGUUUUCUUUGUAAUUUUAAAAAGCGUUUUUUCAUCUUGAUAAGAUCUCAAGAAUUGAUUUAACUAGAAUAAUAAGUGGGAAGGAAUAAAAGUGGUAUUGAUACUGUUUU